AUGCCACCCUCACCACAAGCAGUGACGGACGGGUCCAAGACGUGGUCUCCCUCGCACUUGUUCUCGAGCGUGGUUGAGGGGAAUGAUGAGACAACUUCGACGGCGGCUCCCGCUCCGGCUCCAGGGGUCUGGGACAAGAUCCAUGCGCACCUCCAGGCAAACGAGUUCCGCGCCGCCAUCGCCUCGGCCUUUGAGUUGCCCGCCGGCGACAACUUCACGUACCAUGCCACCGCGUCGGUGAACCUCGCGCAGGCAGAGGCGGCGAUUCGCGCUGGACGGGUCAAUGGCUUGCACGGGUGGUAUGUCGAGCGUGUUUCGCCUCCACCUGCACCUCCGUCUGCGCCAGCAACUGGUGGUAGUGACGGUGUCGGCGAGAAUAAUGAUGAUGACGAGAACAACGACAGCGACAAGAACAGCAAUGACCCCUCGGAACCCAGGACGAUCCCCGGACAGCCGUCACUGAGAAUAUCGGGAUACCCGCCCCCGGCAGACAUCCAGGCGUAUAUCUCGUUAUUCGACCCGACCCGAUCUGCCGCCAACAGUCUCAAGUCCCUGGCAGCCAACGCCAAAAAGGGGUCGCUCCGCGCGACCGUGGCUGAAUAUCUCUUGAGCAAACGCUACCUGGACGCCUCGAUCAGCGUGCCCAAAUUCAAGCCUUCUCCGGUGGUGGUGGCGGUGGCGGUGGCAGCUCAGCAGGAUGGAUCGAACCAGCAGCCAUCAUCUUCCCGCACGUCCUCCAAGACGACAACACGGCACGAGAACCCGGCGCUGGACUUCUGGGCCUACUCGUGCACGGCGCUCGAGUACGCGGGGCCCAACGCCAACACGGCGCUGGUCAAGAUGUCGCACCACAUCCUGCCCGUGUACAUGCACCACUUUGGCUGCGUGUGCCCGUCGUGGGAGGCUCUGCAGGUGAUUGCGAAACUUGCUUCCUCCAUCUCCACCUCCACCUCCACCUCCACCACCUCUACAGGCACAAAUACAGGCACGGGUCCAACCCACUCGGCAAACUCCAAAAACCGCAGUCGUCGCACCCCAACCGUGCUCGACAUGGGCAGCGGCAACGGGUACUGGACUCUGAUGCUGCGCCGGCUGGGCCCAGACCUGGACGUCGUCGCCGUCGACAGCGGCCAGUCGCGGUGGCGCACCGUGUGGAUUCCCGACACCCACGUCGCCGACGGGGUGCAGUACCUGCGCAAGCGCGGCGGGUGUCCCUCGUCGCUUCUGCUGCUCGUCUACCCCAUCGUCGGGAGCGGCGGCAGUGGCACCGGCGAAUUCACCCGCAGAGUCCUCGACGCGUACACGGGCGACGUCGUCUGCGUGGCCGGCACGCAGAACGGCAACGGGUACACGGGCUUCAAGGACGUCAUGGUCGACGAGUACAUGGCCAGGGAGAGGCCGGGGUGGGAAAAGGUCGCGCAGGUGGCCCUGCCGAGCUUCGCGGGUAAAGACGAUGCCUUGUUUGCGUUUCGGCGGAGGAAGAAGACGGUCGACGGAGGAGGCGGUCAAUCAUAA